AGGACGACGCGUAAUCAUAGCCUGGCGGCGAUGGAACAAUAGCGUAAUAGGUCGUAGGUCGUAGUGGGGCACGGCGGCUGUUUACACCGGAGAAUCGUUGUAUGUCGUUGUAGGUUACGUAGGUUGUAGGUGCCCUAUGCGCUCAACUUUAUUACGGUUGGCUUCUACUCUUGGAUCCAACGUAGUACUAACGGCGAGAACCUAUCGAUGCGAAGGAACGUCCAACAUGUUUUUGCGAUUACGAACGCACGGAUUCUUCGGCGCUGAAAAUUGUCCUGUGACAGAACGCAACCUAGCCACCACGCUCAAUCGUCUUCCGUCGUUGUUUCCGACCAGAGGGUGACGUCUCGCGGAAUUCGCUCUCGUCUUUCGACGCGCGAGGCUCGAAACGCGAGUUCAUCGACUCGACGGAAGAUGCGAGCCGCGCAAAAUGGAGCAGAAUCUGCAGAAUGCAGAAAAAAUGGAUCUAUCAGAUCGCGUCAAGGUAGAACGCGUCAAGAUAGAAUGGUUGGAGAGGAGUGCGAGCCUUCAACAGCGAAACGUACAAAACUCGGCUGUGUUUUACAAGCGUGUUGCGAACAAUACAGUGUCAACAAGCAAUUUGAACGACUUGCCGACGAAUGCAAUGUGGUUGAGAGACAACGCUGCCAGGGAUUUAAGUUUGACAUCGGAAUCUGAAGCUGGACUGGCAGAAACUUAUCUAUUAAUAGGAGAAACAAGCAAUUUACAAACAGCUGUAUCACAAGAUUCAUUGUCAGUAAAUAAUAAUGAGGAUUCCCUGGAAAAUUCAAUCAAGCUUAAACAGGAAAAGAAUGCAAUAUCAUUGAAGGAACAGAAAGAAUCUAUAAAACGUAUAAAACAACCUGAAAACUGGAAAGUGAACAUGAAGAAGAAUGCUAGAUUAAAAGGGGAAGAAUACAUCGGAGUUGGAGGCAAGAUAGUGCCUGCUAAAAAGAUGGGAUGUCCCUGCAUUUGUCGCAUGCAUUGCGCGGACAAAAUAGAUGAGAGGGAACGCGAGGAAUUACAUAAGGCCUUUUGGAAAACCUGUACAUGGCAACAGCGAAAACAGUACAUUGCAUUGUCUGUCAAAGAAUCUCCGAAACAACGUACUCGUUUGCGCAACAAUGUUCAGUCGGAGCGUUCGAUGUCGAGAUGCCGCCAGGUAACUUUCACUUACUCUCUCCUACUAAAUGGCGAAUUCAUCACCGUGUGCAAGUCGAUGUUUCUCAGCACAUUCGCGGUAUCUGAGAAAUUCGUGCGGUACGUGAUGGAGAAAAAACGAACAUCACCGGGCGGUAUCAUUGGGCCAGACCAAAGAGGCAGACACUCGCCGAAAACUAAGAAGAGCGAGAAUGUGAGGAAACGAGUGCGCGAACACAUUAAAUCGUUCCCGACCGAGAAACCGACGAAUCCUAAAGAUCACAGUGGUAAACGUUAUUUGGACUCAAAUUUAAACAUAGCCGCGAUGCAUAAAUCGUAUGUGUUAAAGUGCAAGCAGGAGGGUGUACCUGAAAGUGAUAUAGUAAAGGAGAGUUAUUAUAGAGAAAUGUUUAAGACAGAGUUUAAUCUUGGAUUUAAACGAGUGCAAGCUAAGGAAAAGAAGCAGCUGUCAAACAGCUGAAGUGAAGAAUGGGAUAAAUGAAUUUGUUAGUUGCAUCAGGGAAUAUAGAAAUGUUUUCAUAAAACAUUUCAUAUCAGUGUCCGAUAUUUACAAUAAAAUUUACAAUAAAAUUAGCGAUGAAAGCAACACAGUUUCCAAUAUUGGAAUUUAAAAAUUUAUUAACACAUUUAAAAAUUUGUUACACUUGGCAUUGUUCAAAAUUAAAGUGAAAAAUGUUAUUAAAUGACAUAAUAAUAUACGUAAGCAUGUAACAUAUAGAAAAGUAUGGUUUUUUUCUAUACAAUAAACUUAAAUUUUAUUUUUUAA